AUGGGUGCACUUCUACAAAACUUUAGCAAUAGCACUGCUCAUACAGCCGACAAGUACGGCCCCGUCACACCGUCAACUCGCGAACUCGGGAUGGUAAUUGCGAAAGACGGACCACCGAUCCCAUCAGUAUCCCUGGCUGGCCUAACCACAACGCUGGGGCUGGACGGGUCGGCCGAAGUAAUGGUCAGCCUCGGUGGGAACGGUUCCGGGCAAUCGCAAGACCUAAGCGACAUGGUCGACGGUUGUCCCAAGCCGGACGAUAUACUCUACCCGAGCAUCUUUGGCAUCGAUCUGGCCGUACCACAGUGGGAAGCCAUCGGUACGGCACUCAUCCUCACGCUCAUCAUCAUCAUCACCAUCGUCGGUAACAUACUCGUGAUACUGAGCGUGUUCACGUACAAGCCGCUCCGAAUCGUGCAGAACUUUUUCAUCGUGUCGCUGGCCGUGGCCGACCUGACUGUUGCCAUCCUGGUGUUGCCGCUCAACGUUGCCUACUCGAUCCUGGGUCGCUGGGAGUUCGGUAUUCAUGUGUGCAAGAUGUGGCUCACCUCGGACGUGCUGUGCUGUACUGCCUCGAUCCUGAACCUUUGCGCUAUUGCACUGGACCGAUACUGGGCCAUCACCGAUCCAAUCAACUACGCCCAGAAGCGGACACUCGAGCGGGUUCUGGCGCUGAUUGCGGGCGUUUGGGUGCUGUCGUUGGUGAUCAGCUCCCCGCCAUUGAUCGGUUGGAACGACUGGCCCGAGGAGUUCUCGAGCGAGUUCCCGUGUCAAUUAACGAGCAAUCAGGGCUACGUCAUCUACUCGUCGCUCGGUUCGUUCUUCAUCCCACUCGUCAUUAUGACGAUCGUCUACAUCGAAAUCUACAUCGCCACCCGGCGACGGUUACGCGAGCGGGCACAAGCCUCCAAGAUCAACACGCUCGCAACGCGGAGCAUCGGCAUGGUGGCCGGUAAUGGUGAGAAGGAACUCACCACCACCCAACCCCACCAGCAACAGCUGCACCAUCACCAUCCGGAUACGCAGCACCACGGGCAGGAGAAUACGGUUCAGCACGACCAGGAGUCGAUCAGCAGUGAAACGAACAACCACAACGAACACACCGACACCGGCAGUGCGGGUGCGCUGGCGGGCAAAAAGACGGACGCCAAAAAGAAGGGCCUCAGCGCGUACUUUGGCCGGGCGCUGGUCGGUGGUGGUGGCAACCGGAAGAAGCACCACCGGAAGCCGGACGGUGGUCGGACGGACGACAGUCAACAGCACCGACUGGCGGCAGCGCUGCAUCAGCGCGAGGAAGACUCGGUGACGGACAAUCCGGACAAUUCCGGUUCGGGCGAAAGUGGCAAAGCGCCGCUGGACGCAUCGCACCCGGCGAUUGUGUCCACAUCCGGCAACUGUGAUAUUCCGCCGGUCGAACCGACGGAAACCGCCCGCAACGGGGGCGGCCACCGGGAGGUCGGUUUCCACGAGUCAACGACCGAGCUGGUGGCGAGCGGGACGGCGGGGAAUGCAACGCCGGCCACCACCCGCAUCGGGGGCCGGCUGAAACAAUCGUUCCGCAAGCCGGGCGGCAUUAAUCAGUUUAUCGAGGAGAAGCAGAAGAUUUCACUGUCGAAGGAGCGGCGGGCCGCACGUACGCUCGGCAUCAUCAUGGGCGUGUUCGUCGUGUGCUGGCUGCCGUUCUUCCUCAUGUACGUCAUCCUGCCGUUCUGUCCCAGCUGCUGCCCGACGAAUAAGUUAAUUAAUUUCAUCACCUGGCUGGGCUAUAUCAACUCCGCGCUCAACCCGAUUAUUUACACCAUAUUCAAUCUAGACUAUCGGCGCGCAUUCAAGCGACUGCUCGGCAUUAAACAGUAG